AGAAAAAAUAAACAAAGUUCUUUCUAAAUGGAAGAAGAUUCAAUGAUAAUUACUGUUUUAUUUGGAAUAAUUUUAUGGUCUACACUUUUUUUAUUAAUUAGAAAGGCUUUUCCUAAACGUUCAUUUGAUUUUUGCAAUCGUUUAGUUUCUACAAUUCAUGCAUCUUUAGCUGUGACUUUGGCUUCUCUAUCUGUUCAAGAUUGGAGCUGUCCUGUUUGUCCUGUGGCUUCCACAUCUUCUCCCAAACAGAGGAAGGCACUUGCAGUGACAGCAGCCUAUCUUAUUUAUGAUUUUGGUUGUUGCCUAUUUGACAAACAAGUGAGGAUUGAUAACUUGGUUCAUCAUUUGGUGUGUGUUGUUGGAAUUGGAGCUGGCUUUGCUUAUAGAUUGUGUGGUUCAGAAAUGGUUGCUGCAUUGUGGAUAACAGAAAUUUCAAGUCCAUUUCUUCACCUAAGGGAGCUUCUCAAAGAACUUGGAUAUAGAGACACUGAUCUUAACUUUGCUGCUGAUGUUUUAUUUGCAGUCAUUUUUUCCAUUGCUAGAAUGAUAGGAGGGCCAUAUCUCAGCUAUGUUACUCUUUCUGCUGAUAAUCCAAUCAUCAUAAAGGCCAUGGCUUUGGGGCUACAAUUUGUAAGUGCUUUCUGGUUCUACAAGAUUGUGAGGAUGUUGAUGUACAAAUUGUCAACAAGGACAAAAUCUACAACUGUACUUCUUUCAAAGAAAUAGUUUGCUGACUAUUUAUUUUGAUGUUGGUGAUAUAUGACUCGAUAUAUUUAACCUUCAAUUAAUUAAUUAUUUUUUUCCUUUU